UGAAAGUGACCCGGAAACUGCCACACAGCAGCUGCUACCAUGGCCUUCGUGAACCCGCUGGAGAAGCUGCAGGAGGAGGCAAUUUGCUCCAUCUGCCUGGAGUACAUGAGUGACCCCGUGAGCAUAGACUGUGGGCACAACUUCUGCAGGGCAUGCAUCACGACCUACUGCCAGGACAAGGGGUUCGGGGCCAGAGGGCCCAUGUCCUGUCCUCAGUGCCGGGCGGCCUUUUGCAAGAGCAACAUCAGGCCCAACAGACAGCUGGCCAAUAUCGUGGAGACCAUCAAGCAGCUGGGGCUGCCGCCGGCCAAGAGGCAGCCAGAGGCGCUCUGCAGGAAACAUGAGGAGAAACUCAAGCUCUUCUGUGAAGAGGACGGGGAGGCCAUUUGUGUGGUGUGUCGCGAGUCCCUGGAACACCGGCCUCACACUGUCUACCCCAUUGAGGAGGCGGCCCAGGUGUACAAGAUCAAACUCCAGAAAUCCCUGGAACGCUUGUUGAAAGAGGUGGAUGAAAUUAAGAAACAUGAAAUGGUGGAGAGGACAAAAACCCAGGAAUGCAAGGAGAUAGUUAAAAAAAAGAGGGAGAGGAUUGUGAUUGAAUUUGGGAAGCUUCACCAGCUGCUGGCUGAGGAGGAGAAGCUGCUUCUUCAGAAGCUGGAACAGGAAGAGAAGAUAAUCCUGCAGAGAAUCAACGAAAACCUAACCAGACUUUUAGAGCUGAGAUCCUCUCUGGACAAGCUGAUCCUGGAGAUAAGGGAGAAGUUCCAGCAGUCAGCAGACGGGUUGCUCAAGGACACGAAAAGCACCUUGAGCAGGUGUGAAGCUGUGACAUUUCAGGCUCCAGAGGCUUGCUCCGUGGCACUGAAAGAGAAUUACAGCAUCCCAGAGCACUGUCUGGGCAUGAGGAACAUGCUGAAGAAAUUCAAAGAGGACGUGACGCUGGAUCCAGAGACGGCGCACCUCGAACUCAUCCUGUCCGACGACCGGAAGAGCGUGAGACGGGGCGGCAAGAAACUGAGCCUGUCUCUGUUUGACAACCCCAAGAGAUUUAACGCCUCCCCACUGGUCCUGGGGGUUCAGGCCUUCAGCACGGGGAGGCGCUACUGGGAAGUGCAGGUGGGAGACAAGACAGAGUGGGGCCUGGGGCUUUGCAGGGAGUCUGCCAGCAGGAAGGGGACUGUUGUCCUGUCCCCUCAAAAUGGCUACUGGGUGCUGCGGUUGCAGAGCGGAGGUAAAUACGAGGCCCUCACCUCCCCUCUGACCUCACUUCACCUGAGUGUGAGACCCAGGCGGGUUGGGAUUUUCCUGGACUACGAGGCUGGAGACAUCACAUUUUACAAUGUGACCGAUCGAGACCACAUCUACACAUUCACUGACCAGUUCUCUGGGCCUCUCCGGCCUCUCUUCUUUCCUGGUGCCUCCGCGGGUGGCAAAAAUGCCGAGCCGCUGGUGAUCUCCUGGGUCAGGGACACAGAAGGGAGUGGGUGCAUCCUUCUGUAACUGUCUGUCUGCAGGAGGUUUUUUCAUAGACUCUAGGACUAGAAGGGACCUCAAGAGGUCAUUGAGUCCAGUCCCCUGCCCUCAUGGCAGGACCAACUACUGUCUAGACCAUCCCUGAUAGACAUUUCUCUAACCUACUCUUAAAUAUCUCCAGAGAUGGAGAUUCCACAACCUCCCUAGGCAGUUUAUUCCAGUGUUUAACUACCCUGACAGUUAGGAACUUUUUCCUAAUGUCCAACCUAAAUCUCCCUUGCUGCAGUUUAAGCCCAUUGCUUCUUGUUCUAUCCUUAGAGGCUAAGGUGAACAAGCUUUCUCCCUCCUCCUGGUGACACCCUUUUAGAUACCUGAAAACUGCUAUCAUGUCCCCUCUCAGUCUUCUCUUUUCCAAACUAAAGAAUCCCAAUUCUUUCAGCCUUCCUUCAUAGGUCAUGUUCUCAUAGGUGUCGAUGCUGCCCCUUUAUCCCUUCCAUCAGCCCAGCGCCGGGGCAGAUGGGUAGAGGUAGGAGUGUAAAUAACCAGCUCUGAAGAGCUACUGUCCCAGCCCUUCAGAACGGGUCAGUUUCACUCUUGUUCUGAGCUCUGAGCAGAGCGGGGUGAAGGAGCUGGGUACCUGUUGGGGGCAGGGAUGGAAGAGCAGGCGCGUGGGGGCAGAGUUGCCGUAUCAGGGGAGAGCACAGCACA